AUGACCCGCAGCCCCUCUUGCUGCAGUGGGUCUGAGGGCGGCAACUGGAGCAUCGAAGGAAGGUCUCAGCCACCCCUGACUCUCAACUGGAAAAUUGGUGUGGAGACGAUAUUCUAUUUCAAGACAUCCUGGCCUGAAAGCACCAUCUAUCGUCCUCCAGGACCCCGUCCUGUCUCUAAAUCUGUCUCCAAUUCCACGGAAUCUCUCCCACUCUUGGACUCUCUCCCCCAGGAGCUCACCAACCUGACCCGUACUCUGUACUGGCCUCCGACCCCAGGAGACAGGGGGGACUUUUUGGCCUCCACCAGUCCCCAGACCUCCACCUACCACCUGAAGGAUCCUGUCCAGGCUAGCUAUGUUCUGGGAGGCUACCUAGAGGCUGUCCUUGUGGCCAGGGACCACAGGGGCAGACCCAAGACCCAUGGUGGGGAUCUAUUUCGGGCACAGCUGUUGGGUCCAGACUUGAAGGCAGGGGUCCCUGGGGAUGUGCAGGAUCUGGAGAACGGCACAUACCUGUUGUCCUUCCCCCUGCUCUGGGCUGGGGAGGCCCAGGUGCAAGUGCGGCUGAUCCACUCCAGCGAGGCAGUUGGGGUUCUGCGGAGAAUCUGGAGAGAGAAAAGGGCCACAGUUGAUUUUAGGGGAUAUUUCCAGGGGCCCAAUGGAACUAAAGAGAUUGUGAUUUGCAAUGUUGACCCUCAGUCGACUGGAGCAAAAGGACCUACCUGCCAGUACAGGGACGUGGUUUCCAGUGAGCUCUGGUUCUGCGCUCAACCGCCUACCCUGCCCUGCAACUCUUUAGUUGGUCACUCGAGUGGGAGUUACUUGAAUGUGACCACAGCACACGAUGAGGCCCUGCUGGCAUGGAUCCUCGGCGCCGCGCUCGCUCCCCAGAGAAAAUCUUGCGUGGGCCAACGGCGGAGCCGCAGCAGCAUCUGUAAAGCGCCUGAGACCGCCGAGCCCAUCCCUCUUCACCGCCGCUUCAGCGGCUGCCACCACUGCCGCUGCCACUGGAGGAGCGGUCGUCUAUUGUCUUUCUCCGCCCGCGAAAGUGCGGAGCUGCUCCGGCUUGGCCCGGGGGCACUGUCUCCACGGCCCCCAUGCCACCCUGGGCUUCCAGCGCUAAAACCCUCUGGCUUCUACCACCAAGAUGUGUGGCACUCACUGUCCUGUUCUGGCCGCUCCUUCCCCACUGUUGACAGCAUCCUGGGCUGCCUGGCUGGCCACAUCGUCCACAUGAUGGGGGAUUCCACACUCCGGCAGUGGUGGGAAUAUCUGCGUGACACUGUGCCCUCUCUGAAGCCAGUGGAUCUACAUGUCACAUACCAGACGGGGCCCCUGAUGGCGGUGGAGACCUCUCGGGGCAUAGUGCUGCACUGGCGAGCCCACGGCUGGCCCCUGCGCUGCCUCCAUACACCAGUGGCCUCCCUGCACUCUGUGGCCCGGGAGCUGGGGGGCCUGGCUGGGGGCCCCCACACCGUGGUGGUGCUGGGCCUUGGAGCUCACUUCACCACCUUCCCUCCGUCCAUCUUUGUGCGACGACUGGCAGGGAUCCGGGCGGGUGUGACCGCCCUGCUGGCCCGGGAACCCAGCACUCUUGUGGUCAUCAAACUGGCCAACACUGGCUACAAGUCUGUGUAUGGCAGCGACUGGUUCACCCUCCAGUUGAACCGGCUCCUGAGAGCUGCCUUUGCUGACCUCCGUGUGGCCUUUGUGGAUGCCUGGGAAAUGACCUCCAGCCUGGCCCUGCCAGACAAAAUCCACCCGGGGCCGCUCAUCAUCCGCAAUGAAGUGGACUUACUCCUCUCCUUCAUCUGUCCCAGCUGA